GCGUACUUUUCCGGAGCGCCGCGCGUACGUCGCUAUGGCACUUGGCCCUUAAGGAUGGGUACCUUGGGGGUUGUGCUUCCUCCGCUGAUCAAGGAGUUGGCGAAACGCUUGGACCAAGUCGAAACGGGCAUCGAUCAGAAUGAGGUCCUGACUCGACAGGAGUUUGCUCAAGCCUGUUGGAAGAUCGGACGCACCGUCAGGCAGUUGAUCAAACCGGACUAUUCGGAGGAGCGUGGCAUCCUGUGGCACGAGUGCAAAGGCGCCUUGAAACAGGUGCUGGUCAUUGAAAAAUUUCAACCUGGUGUGUUCAUGGACAACUGCGUUCGCAGCGAUGUGGUGGAAAAGGAUUUGGCGGAAAUGCUCAGAAGGUUAGUUACUUAUCUCAAGAAGCGGCAAUCCGGAGCCAUUCACCAACCCAUCGAGAAAGAAGAGGCCCGAGAACGGCCUGCUGAAAGCCAGGAUGAGGAGAAGGGCCUGUCAAAGGGCAAAGGCAAGGACAAGGGCAAGGACAAGGGCAAAGGCAAAGGCAAAGGAAAGAGCAAAGAGGGAGAAGAAGGAGGCGAAAAGGACAAGGAGGAAAAAGACGACAAGAACUCUUCUCCAUGGAAAAAACGAAAGUGGACAGGGAGCUGGAACAAAGGCCAGUUUGGGGAAAGCAAGAGCGACUGGUGGAGCGAGGACAUCAACCUGGGCACCACCGUGUCAGACUUCUCAAUCUUCGAGGAGAGCGACCCUGAGCAAGAAUGCCCUGACAAGGCAAAAUUUGGCAGCUGUUCCUAUGGCAAACAGUGCGGUUUCUGUUUCAGAUAAUGCGAUGUGUGACUGGCGCCAAGAGUGUACAGCUGUGUCAUACUUUUGGACCGAGCAGAAUCAUGAUUUAACAUGAUUUCACCAAUCAAUAGUGGAC